CCCCGCGGUGGGCGUGGCCCGCGGGUGGGCGUGGCCUGUGCGGGGGGCGGGGUCCCGUUCCCGUUCCCGUUCCCGCACUCGGGCCCCGCUCGCGCCGGGGCCGCCACGUCCCGGGGGCUCUGUCGCGACACCGCGCGGGCUCUGUCGCGACACCGCGCCGGCUCCCACGGCCCGGCUCUGUCGGCGCCUCUAUCGCGACAUCGCGGGGGCUUCCCGCCGGAUCCUAUCGCGACAUCGCGGGGCUCUGACGGAGAUUUAUCGACGCCUCUGUCGCGACAUCGCGGGGCAUCUGGCGGUGCCGCUAUCGCGAUAUCGCGGCUCUGCCCCGCGGCUCUGUCGCGAUAUCGAGGCUCUGCCCUCGGCGCCUCUGUCGCGCUAUCGCGGCUCUGUCGCGACAUGAUGGCCCCGCCGCUGCCGCCGCUGCUGCUGCUGCUGCUGGCGGCGCUGGGAAUCGCGACAGCGACACAGCCGGGCCCCUCCCGGGACCUGCUCCGCCUCUUUGGGCUCCCGGCGCUCCCGCCCGGGGUCCGGAAGGUUCCGGGGCCGUGUCCGGGUGAAGCCGCCUGGAGCCUGGAGCCGGGGACGCGGAUCCGAGCGCCGGCACGGCGAGUGCUGCCCGGUGAGGAAGCGACCCCGAAACGCGCCGAAUCCGGCCCAAAAUCCACCCAGAAAUCA